GCAAAAUCUAUCUUAAUUCUCAGAGUUAUUUAGUAAAAUUGAUGUAACAAUAUUAUAUAUAUCAUUUUAAUUUUUUUAUAAUACAAAAUGGCAUUACGUGUGUUAUCGUUAUUAUAUUUAAAUCGUACUUUUACGAGAUAUGGAUUAACAAAAAGAUUUUUCGCAAAUAUGGAUAAAGAAACUGAACAAGAUAGUGAAAUAAUAGUAAGAAAAAUCAAAACUGAUUUGGUAUCUAAAGAAGAAAAAUUAGCUCGAGAAGCUAGAAAGGAAGCUGUAAUUAUUGUAUCAGAUGCUGAAGAUGUUGGUAUUUGUUCAGGAGUUCCAGAAGAACAUAUAAAGCCUCGUACAGUUCGUAUUUAUUGUCCUGCGAAAAAUGCUAUGCAGUCUGGAACAAAUAAUAUAAAUCAUUGGCAAAUAGAUUUUGAUACACGUGAACGUUGGGAAAAUCCUCUUAUGGGAUGGACUUCAACUGGAGAUCCUUUGUCUAAUCUUCAUGUGGCAUUUGCUACAAAGGAAGAAGCUAUUGCACAUUGUAAUAAAAUGAGAUGGAAAUAUUAUAUUCAAAAUCCAAAUAUUAAUAAUCCUAAGCCUCGUAGCUAUGGUACUAAUUUUUCAUGGAACAAACGUACCAGAGUUUCAACUAAAUAAAGAAUUAAUUUAUUAAAGAGAUUAAAUAGUUUUAAAUGUAGUUCUAAUCUAUAUAUUUAAAUAUUUAUGUGUAAUAUUUUAAAUUAGAAAUAAAAUUUUUUAAAUUAAUACAAAA